AGACCGCCUGCGCCCAAUUGCAAUCUGCCCAGUUUAUCGUUAAAUAAAGGUGAAGUGAGACUAAAUGGUGUGUAGGUGUUACGAAAGUAAAUUUAAGUACAAUUAAGGUGUGGCUUUAAUACCUAUAUUCACAAAGAAAAGGCCUCUUUCGAAGCUAGUAAACUGCAGGCAGAGGAAAUAAAUAUGUUGGUGGCAACUUUUAUUACAUUUAAAGCCACGAAUUUGGCUUUGGACUCUCAAAUUGCAUCGAUCUAUAGCUGUUUUUAAUUUCAAAAACAAAAUUGUUUCGUCAAGUCAACGCAGUGUUACACGUAUUUUUAAAUAUGUCACAGAUUGAGUUUCCACUCCAUCUAGCCUCACGAUUAGGAAACCUAGAUGCAGUCCAACAGUUGAUUGAAGGAGGAGCAGAAAUUAAUGAAGUUGAUUCUUCUGGUUUGACGGCACUACAUGUAGCUACAUUUUCCCAACACAAAAAAGUAGCCAAAUAUUUGUUGGCACACGGAGCUGAUUUGAACGCAAUCGAAACGUAUCAGCAGGAAACUCCUUUAAAUAUCUCAACUGGUAUUAAUGAUCAUGAAAUGGUUCGAUUAUUGAUAGAAGCGGGAGCAAAUAUGCAGUGUUUAGAUAUUAGUGGAAAUAUGCCAAUUCAUAUUGCGGCCAAAAAAGGAUAUCUAAAUAUUGUAGAAUGUUUUUUAGAAAAUGGGAUAAAUGUAGAUAUUCUAAAUGAAAUCAGCAAAAUGACCCCUCUUCAUAUGGCUGCCUGUGGGGGUUACAUCGAAGUAGUAGACUAUUUGCUUUUAAAUAACGCUAACGUGCAUCUUAAAGAUUGUCGAAGUCGAAGUUCAAUUCAUCAUGGUGUUUUAGGAGGGAAAGCUAAAAUUGUUAAAAUGCUUAUAGAAAAAGGAGUUGAUGUAAAUGUUGAAGACAUCAAUUGGACUCCUUUACAUUUAGCUUGUAGACACGGGAAUUUAGAAAUUGUCAAGUUACUUUUAGAAAACGGUGCAGUGUAUGAUAACCGACAGGGGAAAUCACGAAACUAUUCUCCACUCCUUGUUGCUAUUGAAAUGGGUCAUCUAGAAAUUAUAAAAUAUUUUAUUAGCAUUGGGGUAGACGUGAAUUUCAGUACAAAUAAUGAAGACUAUACUCUUCUGCAUGCAGCUUGUACUAACACGCAGGCACAAGUUCAAAUUGAAAUAGUUAAAUUGUUGAUUGAAAAUGGUGCGGACGUAAACAAGAAAACUUUAUCCAAAGGAGCUACUCCUUUGUAUUGUGCGAUAAACCGUAUGCGUCCAUAUGUUGCAGAACUCUUAAUUCUAAAUGGAGCUGAUUUAAAACAAUCCAAGUAUAAAGGCAACUCUCUUUUAUCGAUAGCUUUAAAUAAUGUGGAACGUAAUUAUGAAGAGAUAAAUAGAUUCUGUGGUAAUUGGUCAGAACAGACAGACUCUAUGGAAAUUGCAAGAGUAAUAAUCAAAUACACCGUGUUAAUUUACAAUCCCAUUAAAACAAUUAUUCAAGAUGGUUGUCCUUUCUUCAGAGCAUUCUUACAAUACUAUAAUGACUGCCAAAAAGAAAUAACAAGUAUGAAAAGCAUGAUAAUAAAGAAUACUAAUGUUUCAUUAUAUCGAAUAAUUUGUGACUCCAAUAAAGGUAAUAACGCGUUUGUUCAAUAUCUACGUAACGACAAUAUUAAAAACGAGUUACAAAAUAUUGAAGAUUACCUUAAAGAGUUUUCGAUAUAUGGUAAUAUUCUUCCUUUGGUACAACAUUGGGUUAAAAAAGGCUUUCAAAGAAUGGAAUUACUUGCACAUGCUGACGUAAUGAUGAAAAAACUUGCACCUCAGUUACCAUCAGAAAUACGAUGGAAAGUAUUAGACUACUUAAACAUGAGUGAUCUUAAAAUUAUGAUACAAUCAGAUUUUUUUAAAUACAAGUGAUUAUUUUUUAUUUGAUUCUUUAUAAAAACGUUAAGAUCUAACACGCAAAUAAACACCUUUAAAUCCAGGAUGGUUAAAAUAUAAGGAUUUAAAAAGUAUUAACUACAGUCUUCAUUGGCAUUAUAUUUUUUGUAUCAUAAAAAAAUAAAUGUAUUCUUUUAAC